AAAAAUGCAAGAGAAAGGUCUAUUAGCUCCUCGAAGGUCAAGGCACAGGUUAACUCCAGGAACAGUUAAAUUUGCUGCCUUUCAUGUUCUCUCACUUGAAGGUAGCAAGGGUCUAACAGUACUUGAGCUAGCAGAAAAAAUUCAGAAAUCUGGUCUUCGGGACCUGACCACCAGCAAGACACCAGAAGCAUCAAUUUCUGUUGCUUUGACUAGAGACACUAAGCUUUUUGAAAGGAUAGCUCCAUCAACCUAUCGAGUGCGUACUGCAUUUAGAAAGGAUCCUGCUGAUGCUGAGUCCAUCCUUUCCGCAGCAAGAAAGAAAAUUCAGAUAUUUGAAAAUGGGUUUCCAGCUGGUGAAGAUGCUGACGAUGUUGAAAGAGAAGAGUCAGAAAGUGAUGAAGUUGAUGAGGAUCCUGAUGUUGAUGAUCUAGUAAACCCUUCAAGUGCUGAUCCAAUUUCUGGACAUUUUGAUGAACCAAAUGUUUCCACACCAAAUGGAAAAGAAAAUUUGGAUAAUGAUGUAAAACUUGAUCAAAAUGAGUUUGAAAUAGAUUUGCCUUGUUUUCCUGAGGAUCGUUACAAGGAAGCUGAUUGCCCUGGCUCUGUCACCGAACAACCUGUUGUUUGUGAAGAUUUGAAUACUGGAAAUCCUGAUCAAGAUAAUAUGGAAAUUGAUGAAAGUCAAUCUGGAGAAUCCUGGGUGCAAGGACUUGCUGAAGGAGAGUAUUCUGAUCUCAGUGUAGAGGAGCGUCUAAAUGCUCUAGUUGCAUUGAUUGGUGUGGCAAAUGAAGGAAAUUAUAUUCGUGUUGUUCUGGAGGAUCGUCUGGAAGCAGCAAAUGCUCUGAAGAAGCAGAUGUGGGCUGAAGCACAGAUAGAUAAAGUUCGUCUGAAAGACGAUACUAUUAACAAACCAGAUAUUCCAUUACUUAUUGCCAACAAAGUUGAAACACAUGACACAUAUCCUGCUGCUGUGGAGGGCAGUCAAAGUCCAAUGCUGGACAUCAAUAUUAAUAGUAUUAAUAUUGAAACAUCACCUGGCACUGCAGAAAACCAAAAGCCAGCACCUGCUGCACAGAGCUUGCAUGGUGAAAAGUCCUCCCAAAUUCAAGAUUUGUGCACAGGCACAGGUCCAGAUCACCCUCAGGUGCAGGUACCUCCACAAUAUUCAAAAAGAUCACGUUCACAGUUGAAAUCUUAUAUUGCCCACAUAGCAGAGGAGAUGUGUAUCUACAGGUCUUUACCCCUUGGCCAAGAUCGCAGACGUAAUCGAUAUUGGCAGUUUGUUGCUUCUGCUUCUAGCAAUGAUCCUGGUUCUGGUAGGAUCUUUGUUGAAUAUCAUGAUGGCAAUUGGGAGCUUAUUGAUUCUGAAGAGGCCCUUGAUAUUCUUUUGGCAGCAUUGGAUUCAAGGGGGAUCAGGGAAUCUCAUCUGCGCUUGAUGCUGAAAAGGAUUGAGAAGUCCUUUAAAGAAAAUGUUCGAAGGAAUACACAAUGUGCCAGUGCCAAAAUAGGAAGCAAAGAUAAAUUUUCGAUCAAAAGUGAAGAAAAUAAUGAACCAUAUUCAAUACCUGAUCGCCAUGAUGGAGCUGACAGUCCUAGCAGUACUCUUCAUAACUUGAACUCUGACAAAUUGGAAACAUCAUCAUCCUUCAAGGACUUUCGCUACAAAUAA